CCAACAAAUCGUUAAACCGGAAACGUAAAAAAAUGCAUUUCAAUAAACUUGGUAGCAGUGACAACAACAUGAACCUUUUAACUUCAUCAGCAUCAUCACAUUUGGCUGCGUCUGCAUUGUCUUCUUCAUCGUCAUCGUCGCCAUCCUCAUCUUCAUCAGCCACAAAGACAAAAACUACAACACAUGGCCUGAGUUUAGGUCUUUGGUGGCUCCUUCUGAUGGCUGUUAUUUUAAUGGCCCAACAACAGCCUUGUGAAUGUCGUUACUUGCCCACAAGGUCACAUGGCGAUGAUUUGGAUAAAUUGCGUGAGUUAAUGUUGCAGAUCUUGGAAUCCAGCAAUGAAGAUGGUGGAGCCCAACAGCGACCACCAAAUGAGGCAAAUGGCAAUACUUUGGCAGCCGCUGCUGCUGCAGCCCAACGUGCUAAUUGGUUGAAUAAAUUGGGCGGCAAUAUGGAUAAUAUGGAUGUACCCAGGAAAUAUAAUGCUCCUCGUGGCAUUUACGAUAAUGGACGUUACUAUUAAAUCCCAUAUUUAGCCGAGAGAAAAAAAAGUAACAAAUGAAAUCAGCCCAACAAU